UCCUUUAAUUUCAUUCUUUCAUUUUCUUCUCUCUAUCUCUAUUUUUCCUCUGAACAACCAAAUCUCAUAAAUUAUUUUAAAAAAACCCGUUAUUUUCCCGAAGGAGGAUCAAUCCGGUUUUUGCAGGUGAAGAAGAAGAAGAGAUGGCAUCGAAACGGAUCUUGAAGGAAUUGAAAGAUUUACAAAAGGACCCCCCUACUUCAUGCAGCGCCGGUCCUGUUGCUGAAGACAUGUUUCAUUGGCAAGCAACAAUUAUGGGUCCUCCAGAUAGCCCUUAUGCUGGUGGUGUUUUCCUAGUUACUAUUCAUUUUCCUCCAGACUAUCCAUUUAAGCCUCCCAAGGUAGCAUUCAGAACAAAGGUAUUCCACCCAAAUAUAAAUAGCAAUGGAAGCAUUUGCCUGGACAUUUUGAAGGAGCAAUGGAGCCCUGCUCUAACCAUAUCUAAGGUGUUGCUCUCAAUCUGUUCUUUGUUGACGGAUCCUAACCCCGAUGAUCCACUGGUGCCGGAGAUUGCUCACAUGUACAAGACCGACAGGAACAAGUAUGAGACAACUGCAAGAAGCUGGACCCAGAAGUAUGCAAUGGGCUAAACAACGGACCUGUGGUGUGUGCAAUGGAGAGCCCCUCCCCCCUUCUCUUUGUUUCUUUCCCCUAUGUAUCCAUGCUUGCUGCUUGUUCUCUCUUCAUUGUAAACGUGGGCAAAACUGGCCCUCAACAACGUCCCAAAUUAAAGAAGAAACGACUGUGUUUCUUUCCGUCCCAUGGAUUAAUCUGACACCAUGAAUCGUGUCAAAUUUAGUGUGUCUCCUUGUAACCUCCAAAAUCUUUAGUGGGUUCUCCUGCUUGUAUGAUUAUUUCCUUCCUUCUUUUGUUUUGCC